GGCUAUACAGAGAUUGUGCAGCUGCUCUUGAAAGAAGGCGCCGAUGUCAAUAUGCAAGGCGGGCGUUAUGGGAAUGCCCUGCAGGCAGCUUCUGCUAGAGGCCAUACAGAGAUUGUGCAGCUGCUCUUGCGAAAAGGCGCUUGUUCAUACUCUCCAGAAUACUAA